GAUUUUGUAGCUGUUAGAGUUAAAAGUUCAUUCAGAUUUCAAACAGGGAAGCUAUCUUGUAGCCAAACUACAUUAAAUGGAAGAAUGGGCCAUGUCGUAUUACAAUAAUUGGAGCAUUUGCGGCACAGACUACUGUGCUUUCUGUUUAACUGUCAACCAAAAGGUCAAUCAGAGUAACAAUGAUCCCAGGAACUGGAUGGAUAACAUCAGGGCUGUUAUUAUUGACAAUAACUGUAGAGCUGUUUAGCCAGAAACUCCCUGACCGAGUCAUGAGACUUCUCUUGUGUUUUCACUCCAUUCAAGUCUCAAUUGACUGCCCAAGGAGCACAAAUAAGAGGGCACGGAGGCCCUGGCACCAGUUGUUCCCUUCCUAGUCACAACACUCUGAAAAUAGUCCAUUCACAUUCGUUCACUGUCGUGCAAAACAUGCAAGAAUAUACAAAAGAUGUUGUUUCGCACCAUUCCUGUUCUUCAAAUGGGCCAACAGAACAUCCUCACUCUGUCUUCUGUGAACACAUUUAAUGUAAUAUAUUUCUAUUGAGUUUGGCUGCAAUAUAAGACCGCUGACUGGGAAUGGGAGAUGAUGCAUGCAUAGACGCAUGUCUGGAAAUAAUGCUAAGUAUGGCGUUCUGCUAUGCAGCAUAUAGACGGACAUGUUGGACCCUCAGAAUGUGAGCUAUCUGCCCUGACUCGUAUUAGUUGUGGGUCUUUGGCUCAGCUGUUAGUCUCCCUAUAAAGGUUAAGACGGCGAUUUAGAGGGAAUGUGACAUGCGGGUUAGCCAAGUGUCCAUGUAAUACUGUGUGAAUAGCUUGUCUUAACAGGGUGGUAAUCAGAGAUGGGGCGUAACGUGCUAAGACAACAACAAUCUCUCUCAGCUGCUUUAAACAGAUGACACCAUGUUCAAUUAAUCAAGGAAAUUAGAUUUUGAUUGUGACUUUAAGAACAAAUUACAUUUGCAGGUACUUAAAAUCAGUUUAAGUCCACAUUUGUUGUAAUGCAGAUUUGCAAAUUACUGUUUGUUUUGCUUGUUCAGCAUUCAGCACACAACUCACUCACUAGCUGUACUUAAGACAGACUGUUUACUACUAAAGCAAACAUGGUGCCCUGAGAAUGUGAUUGGUCCAUUCAAACAUGAAAGUAUACCUAAUGUCAUAUUCUGAAACUUACACAAGAAAACUGACUGUCAAUAAUUAGAUAAUUUACAAUUGGAAGCAGCUUUAAAAGCGAUGUCUUUCAAUUUAUGAGGUGUAAAAAUUGAACCUUUAACCCCGGUUCUACAUGAGUUCCAUAUAGUAGCCUACAGCACAUGAAGCCACCAUGCAUGUGAUAUACUGUGUUUCCCUGGACAGUGCUUCCCUGUAGUAGCACAACGAGUAAAAUAUUACACUAGAAAUGUUGUAAAUUUAAAGGAUAUCCACUUUUUUCUAACUCUGAUAGCUAAAGCCUCAUACUAGCGUCAGAUAAACUGUGUGAUACAGACAAAUAAAGGAUAUUUUAAAAGUAGUAGGAAGUAUUGGAAGCAAAAUGUACCUUAAGUAUCAAAAAGUACAUACUGUAAGUGAAGUGUGAUUACAAAAGGUAAAGUAAGUAAACUCAUUAUGCAAAAUUGCCUUAAUUAGAGCAUAUACUGUACAGAUUUUUUGGGGCCGAUAACAAUGGGAUUUUAAGAAAUUGCUAUAUUGUUAGCUGAUCAGCUGAUAAUCUUAUAUAGAAUUUAUACAUAAACACACAUUAUUUUACAAUGAUCCCUUCAAUGUGGUUACCAAACACUUGUUACAAAGAUAUUUAAUGGAGGCUGUGAUAUUUUACAGUUUAACAAUCAACAUUAUUAUAUUAAAAUGACAUCAGUGGUCUGAAACAGUAAACUUCACUAAAAAUGUAAUUAUUAUAAAUACCUAUACAUUAAAAUAACACAGACAUAAAAACAUGCACAUAUAUAUAUAUACAACUUCAAAUUAAAGAAAAAAGGAUCAAAUAUAUAGACAAAUUCUACCUUAAAAAUAUCAAACAAUUUAUACUAAUUUAUCUGUGAUUAGCCAAUAUUGGCCAAUAAUAUCUAGUGACCAAUAAAUAGGUCAAACUUUUCUAUAUACUCACCACUUUAUUAUUUGAAAACUGAUUAAUUGAGCAACAAUAAUGUAUAAUGUUUGUUAGUUUUAAUCAAUAAAUGUACAUUAUAAAAGCUGAUUUUAUAUGUUUUAGGUAUAAAAUAUGGAUCUGAAAAGUCACUGUGACAUGGAUGCAAUAAGUAAAUUAAAAAGUGCGAUAUUUUCCGAACUGUGCAUGUAAAUUGUUAUAAAAUAUUGAUGCUAGACUGAUUAAAUAAUGAGUCCACAUGAGUGCAGUUGCAGAGCAGCAGUGAUUGGUGGAAGGGGAGGGAGCUGACGGAUCCAGUCACUCCCAUCCCAGCAGCAGUCUGUCUGGCAAAGAGGGGGGAACCCAUUCAGGAGCUCACUCAUUUCUUUCUGUGGUCCCGGAGAAAACGUGGAGGAUGAAGAGACACUGAGGGAGGAAAAGAGAAAAGAGCAAAAGUCAAGCCAGGAUCGAGUCCGACAUCUUUACAUGCACAAACUUCUUUGGAGACACAAGAAGAUCCUUCAACUUGCUGGAUUUUCAGAGUCGAUCCCUUCAAAAAAAAACAGCAGCAGCAGCAGCAGAUACACAUCCUUGCUGCAACUGGAGAACAUUGAGAUUGAACGAAAACAGUAAAGUUCGCAAAAGCUGGUCACAAAACCCAAAACUGAGAGCUGAAAGAUGCUAAAACACUCUGUGGAGCUGAGUGGAAAUGAAGAGUCAGCUGAUAAUCCUCUGUUGUGACGAGCGAGCGAGCGAGCGAGAGAGAGCGAGAGAGAGAGAGAGAGAGGCGACUCCUACAUCAUUUGGAUUAAACUGCAGAGUGUGUCUGUGCGUCCGCCACGAGGUUUCACACAAGAGGUGUGUCUGAUGUGACGCCAGCGGGCUGGCUCAGGGAACACAACUUCAAUACGAUGUAGACACCAAAUAAACACACAGAAUAAGAGUCUGUACACCGAGCCGAUAGAAGGAGGGUGAGUUCAAGGAGGAGGAACAACAGCUGUGCUGAAACGACACCAACAGAAGAUAAGAAGUCAAAGAAAGAGAGAGAGAAGCGGCGGACUGUGAAUCAUUGACCUGAACUUUUCUGUGUCACCUACUCCCUCCUGUCAAGUGCUCACUCGCUCUUACAUCUCCACCGGAGAAGGAUCACCACCUCAGCUCUCUGUGUUUUGAGAGCGUCCAACCGAAAAUCCACCUCUUCACCUCUCAGCAACGUUGAAAGUCUGAACAGAAGGACACUCCAGCCACCGUCAGCAUGUGCCAUGUCAUUGUCACCUGCCGCUCUAUGCUGUGGACUCUGCUGAGUAUUGUGGCCGCGUUUGGAGAGCUCAUCGCCUUCAUGAGCACUGACUGGCUGGUGGGUUUCCCCCGCACACCUGAUGCUGUUUUUGGCCCCCAUGGGGCCACCGCAGCUGGGGAGGCCUACAGGCCCACUUUAGGCAUCUACGGUCGCUGUAUAAAACUGCCCCACCUGCGUGGAGUACUGUGCGGACCGUAUGCGGUACACUUUGGGGAGAUUGCCAGCGGGUUCUGGCAGGCUACUUCUAUCUUCUUGGCGGCAGGGAUCCUGCUACUGUGUGCUGUGGCGUUCAUCUCGGUGUUCACCAUGUGCUUCCAGAGCAUUAUGAAGAAGAGCAUCUUCAACGUGUGUGGACUGCUGCAAGGGAUCGCAGGUCUGUUCCUGAUCCUGGGUCUGAUGUUGUACCCCGCUGGCUGGGGUUCAGACAAGGUCCAGCUGUACUGCGGCCCCGACGCCGCUCCGUACCGGGCCGGUCUCUGCUCCAUGGGCUGGGCCUUCUACACUGCCAUGGGCGGCACGGUGCUCACCUUCAUCUGCGCCGUCUUCUCCGCGCAGGCCGAGAUCGCCACCUCCAGCGACAAGGUCCAGGAGGAGAUCGAGGAGGGCAAGAGCCUGAUCUGCCUCCUCUGAGCCUCAGAUACUUUUUGUCCAUGUGUCGAAUACAGAAAGAGAUGGAAGAAGAAGAAGAAGAAGAGCGAAAGAGAGACAGGCCAAUAAUGAUCAACACCUGCCUUUUUGCAUUUUCUCCUGAGGCCGGCCUGUGAAAGAGAGGCGCCUGCAUUGUUUACCACUAAGACUGACUCUUAUUUUUGUCUCUGUUUUGUGUUUAUGUGGGAAAAAUCUACAAGUGCCAAGUUUUUUUUUCCUCAACGUGUGUUUGUGUGUAUUUUUGUGUCUCUUUCUGCCACUAGAGGUGCUGUGUCUGUUAUUGUAUUCAUGUUUAAAAAAGCAUGUGGAGAGGCUUCGUCCGUCCCCACAUGUCCUGUAAAUACGUGUGAUUAUAUAUAUAUUGUACAUAGUAAUGAUCGCAGAUUUGAUGGUCAGCUUGAUCCAGGCUGGGCUGAUGAUGUCACUCUUGCCUUGUUAAAAAAAAAAAAAAAAAAGAAGAAGAAGAAGAAAAACACACACACACACACUGGUGUUUCUGAUGCAAGACCACGACCAGCAAAGCAAACCUGGAUCUUCUUUUUUUUUAUUAUCUGUUUGCUAUGUGUGAGUAUUAACUCAACAAGGGAACCACUACUCAGUCAGAAUAAACUACUCACAGAAUAAACAGGCUCAGCUCAGAGUGGAUGUCCUUUUUUUUUUUUUUUUGUUAAAGCUUGCAGAUUGUACUGUCAUUUGAAUGAUUCAUGUGUUUGCAGACCCUUGAAAUGUAUCUUCACGGAGGGGACGUGAGUGGGGGACACAAAGCGAUGCAAGCUCUGCAGUGCAUUUUAUUUUAUAACAUGAAGUGAGCUUAAUCCUAAACCUAAAAAGCUGAAAGAUGACCUCGUGAAGGGUCUCUCUUACCCCCCGGGGGUCCUCGUUUCCCGUGCAAGCAGACAUCCUGUAAUCUGUGCACAAAGACGUGGACUGAACGAUGAGGACGCACGUUAUUGAAGUAUUGCUGUUAUUAGUAAUGUCUGGUUUCAGGGAGUGGAGUCUGUGGAGUCAUAGAUAGUGUGUCCUAUCUAUUCCCAUUUGUUUUUGCCAAAUGAAUAAAAAGAGAAGGGAAAAAA